AAGAAAUGCUUUUAUUUGAGUUUUACUUGAAUUUCAGUGAUUACUGUUUACUAUCUCCAGGGAAAUUUGUUUUUGCGCGUAUUUAACAAGUAAUAUAUGUUAGUGUAAUUAUACCCGUAUAAAGUUAAUACUUGGUAAUUAUAAUACGUUAGAUUUAAAAACUACUUUUUCACUUAGCUUUAAAUAAGUGUUACGCAAAAACAAUGUUACUGCUUCCUGUUCAUAUUGCGUAUGGAGCCUUAUCAAUGUUCAUAUCACUUUUAAACAAUGUAUUCAUAUUAUUCUAUGUUACAACUUUUACUAAUGUUUUUAAAAUAGACAGUGGAUCGUUUUAUAUUGGGGAAACAAUAUUUCUCAUUUGGAAUUCAAUCAACGAUCCCUUGUUCGGUUGGAUGAGUGAUGGCAGCACACUUUCUGGUAAAAAGAAAGUCCAUAAUGAUGUAGUAUUAAUGAGAAUCAGGGCGCUAGCAUUUCAUGGUCCUUUGUUUGCUUUUUCAUUUUUACUUUUUUGGUUUAGCAUUUUUCCAGUUGGGUUGCAAUUUUCACUUGCUCUUUGUUUAUAUGACAGCUUUCUGACUAUGGUCGAUUUAAAUCAUCAAGCUUUACUUGCAGACUUGACAGUGAAAGCAAAUGAUAGAGUUACAUUAAAUUUUUUUUGUUCGGUUUUCAGUGCAGCAGGUUCUUUAUCUGUAUUUGUUGCUUUUGCUUUAUGGAACGAUAAAAAUAUUGGAAACUUUCAAAUAUACUGUGUAAUAUUGUCUAUUUUUGUCUGCGUUGGAUUUCAAAUAUGUUGUAAAUCUAUGGAAUCCCAUUAUAAAAGUUUUUCAAAACAAAUAUUUGUAAAUUCUUCAAAAUUAAAAGACCAACAUAGUUCAAUUUUUGCUGCAAGAACUUAUAUUCGUCAAAUACUAAGGCACAAAAACUUUUUGGUGUUUACAGUGAUGAAUUUGGUACAAGUCUUUCACUGUCACUUCAACAGCAACUUUUUCCCAUUAUUUAUUCAAUAUUUAUUAGGACAUGCACUAACUCCAAGUGGUGGGGCUAUGUUACUUGGCUUGUCAUUUUUAGCACCUCAUAUCAACAAUCUUUAUUUUUUACAACUAUGCAAAAAAUAUGGAGUUUACAAAGUUAUUCAAACUCUUUUUAUAAUAAAAUUAUCUUUAGCAUUAUUAGCAUAUUAUCUUGGAACUAGUUAUUGGUACUUCCUAUGUUUUUUUAUUGUCAGUAAUCGUGUGUUUACAGAAGGAACAUGCAAGCUAUUAAAUAUAGUUAUAUCAGAUCUUGUUGAUGAAGAUUUUGUUAAAUUUCAAAGGAAAUCACCAGUAUCUGCGCUUAUAUUUGGAACUUCUGCAUUACUUUCAAAGCCAGGACAAACUAUAGCCCCUCUUUUGGGUACUUAUUUGUUGUAUCUUAAAACAGGAAAAUCAAUAUUUAUAUCUGAAGGAACCACAUCUGAAACUGUUUCUAAACUAUCAUACAACAUUGAAAGUACAUACAGCAACAAUGAGAGUUUUUUAACAUUUCAAGAUGGUUUGUUUUCACUUAUUGUUUUUAUACCAAUUACAGUAGCUUUAGUUCAGUUAUUUGCAUGGCACUUCUUUACAUUGCAUGGGCAAUAUUUGCAUAAAAUUAAACUCAAUCGCCAACAAUUUGAGAGUGGUUAUAGUGAGUUAAACAUUUAGAAGUUUAUUUUUUAUAGUGAGAAAAGUUUUUUUUUUGUAAGACAUAAAAUUAUUCAAAUUUCUAUUUUAUAAUUAUUUUCAUUUAUAUAUAUAUGUUUUUUUAAAAAGAUAUACUGAGAAUAUAGA